ACGUGAUAAGUUAUUUCGUGUUUGAGUUUCAUGAAUCCUGAACUUAAUGUAGAAUAUCAGGUGUUAAGAAAUAGAGAGUAGGCAACAAUCUUAUUGUUUUUCAUUUUUGUCACGUAUAUUAUGGACGCGUAUAUAUAUUAGAAAGUUUUUCAUGAAUGAACAAAUGUUUUUAUUUACGAGGGUAUAAAUGAAAAGAUAUAAAUACGAAGACUAAAAGUGAAAAGAAUUAUAUAAAAAAAUACAAACGGAAAUUGAAAAGUUUUAGGAAUAAGAGACUAUUUUACGAUUCAACACUUGGUAGAUAGUGAUAGUCAACAACAAGAAAUUACAUUGUGAUCACAUGUGCAUUAGUGAUUUAAAAAACAAUGUAAAGGUAUCAUUAUUAAACGAUUUUGGAUAUGGCAUGAAUCCAAAAUGCAGUUUUUGAUAGCUAUAUUAAAUAAAGGAAUUUAAAAGAAUUUAUUCCUUUAAUAUUGAGGAAGCAUUUUCUUCUGGAUUUUUAUUUAGUAUAUUCUCCAAAACUUGUUGAAAAAUGGUGCCACUUGGACCAUCACCAGGGCAUCAAACGUCUGUCAAUAAUACUGCAACUGCUCCAGCCAGUGGCACUAAAAGUAGCUCAACGUUGAAACCGAAUUAUACCUUGAAGUAUACCUUGGCAGGCCAUACCAAAGCAGUCUCGUCUGUAAAAUUCAGUCCUAAUGGAGAAUGGCUUGCGAGUUCUUCUGCAGAUAAAUUAAUUAAAAUAUGGGGUUCCUAUGAUGGCAAAUUUGAGAAAACAAUAUCCGGCCAUAAGCUUGGUAUUUCAGAUGUUGCAUGGUCUAGCGAUAGUAGACUAUUAGUAUCUGCUUCUGAUGAUAAAACUUUGAAAAUAUGGGAAUUGAGUUCUGGAAAGUGCUUAAAAACUUUAAAAGGCCAUAGUAACUAUGUUUUCUGUUGCAAUUUUAAUCCACAGUCAAAUUUAAUAGUUUCUGGUUCUUUUGAUGAAAGUGUUCGGAUAUGGGAUGUUAGAACUGGAAAAUGCUUGAAAACUUUACCCGCUCAUUCGGAUCCUGUAAGUGCAGUUCAUUUUAAUAGGGACGGGUCAUUAAUUGUAUCUAGUAGUUACGACGGAUUAUGUCGAAUUUGGGACACCGCAUCUGGCCAGUGUUUGAAGACUUUAAUCGAUGAUGAUAACCCUCCCGUAUCUUUUGUAAAGUUUUCACCAAAUGGAAAAUAUAUUUUGGCAGCAACAUUAGACAAUACGUUAAAGCUUUGGGACUAUAGCAAAGGAAAAUGUUUGAAAACUUAUACAGGACAUAAAAAUGAAAAAUAUUGCAUCUUCGCAAAUUUUUCAGUUACAGGAGGAAAAUGGAUUGUUUCGGGUUCGGAAGACAAUAUGGUAUACAUUUGGAAUUUGCAGACGAAGGAGAUUGUUCAAAAAUUGCAAGGACACACAGAUGUUGUGCUAUGUACUACGUGUCACCCGACCGAUAAUAUCAUAGCUUCAGCCGCCCUUGAAAACGAUAAAACUAUCAAAUUAUGGAAAAGUGACACAUAGAAUAUGCAUGUUACUCACGAUUUUAUUAAAAAUUCUACAAAGAGCGUUUGUAUCUUUUAGAAACAUCUUAUUCGAUCUUUCUUUUCUUUACUUUUUAAAAUUUUUACAUUUACUCAAUUUUCAAUCAUAAUGAAAUUAAUAAUUUUAAUAGAUAAUUCGCGCUUAUCUUUCGGGUAAUUGUAGAAAGUAGAAUCUGGUUUUAUACAGUUAGAUAUUAAGAUUACCAUUAUAAUUAAACGAAUAAAUCUAAAUUAUCAUACAUCUGUUACGAAACAAAUCCAAGAAUAACCAGUGUUUCGGUGAACAAUUUUCUUAUCAUUUCGACGUUAUGUAUAACCGAUAGCUUUACGUUUGUAACUAUGUAAUUUACUUGUAAAGCGAAUAUGUACUCCUUUCUAUUUAUAUGACACUAGAAAAUAAAGCAAUGUGUAUAUUUUGAACAGAAUGCAACGGUUAUAUGUAACCUCUUUAAAUAUUCUAAAGAGGAAAAAGAAUGAAAAAAUGAUUAUAAAGAUAUCCUUGUAACGAAAAUAUGUUUAUGUAAAGAAAGUGACGAAGAGAAAAAAAUAUAAAUAUGUAUUUUUUCGUACCUGA